AUGUCGCAACUCAAUUACCGCACCAUCAACAUCGACCAGCUCGACCCCGAGUCGUCGGUCAAUUUCCCCAUGGAAACCCUACUCCCCGCCAACCUGCCUGCGCCCGAGACCUCCAGUGACGCUGCCAAUGUGGCAAGCCAGGUCCGCCAAUUACUGCGCGGUGGUGACACCGAGGGUGCCCUGCGCGCGGCGCUGGACACCGCGCCGCUCGGCGGCGACGACCGGGCGAAGGAGGUACACAUGGCCACGGUCACAGAAGUGCUGCAGGGUAUCCGACAGGCAGACAUGACACGAGUGCUCGAGAGCGUCUGCGGCGGAGACGGCGGAGCCGAGCGGGCGGAUUGCUUGAUGAAGUAUAUCUACAAGGGCAUGUCCUCGAGUGGCCCCAGCGGCGGAGGCCAAUCCCCACGCAACACCAUCUCCCCACAGAGCACGGGGGGCUUCUCGCAGAUCCAGGCCCGCAAUGUGGGCGAGGGUGGCGGUGGCCAGCAGAUGAGUGUGCUGCUCAAUUGGCACGAGAAGCUCGUCGAAGUGGCAGGAACUGGGUGUAUCGUCCGGGUAAUGACCGACCGCCGGACGGUCUGA